AUGCACGAGGAAUUCCUCCACCUAAAACAAGGCGCGGCGACCAUCACUGAAUACCAUAAACGAUUCCUCGAACUGGCACGCUUCGCGCUAGAAUUAGUUCCCACGGAAUCAACAAAAAUAGAAAGGUUUGUAUCGGGCCUCAACUUCGAAGCUCAGAAAGCACUAAUAGUAAGCGGGCCCCGCACCCUCAACGAGGCUUACUCCAGUGCUGCCAACCUCUACCGAAUCCAGCUACUACAACAUGAGGUACAGGAUCAGAUUCGGAAGAGGAAUACCGGAGGUGGUGCACCACCAAUGAAGCGAACCAGAACCGACACCAACACCAGGCCAAACAACCCAGCCGGACAAAGAGCACCCCUAAGAAACAACGAAGCCAACGCGGGGGGCUUCCCUUGCCCAAGAUGCAACCAAAGCCAUAGAGGCAGGGACUGCAUGGGGAACCCCUUACGGUGCUUCAACUGUGGAAAAGAGGGACACAAGGCCUUCCACUACUCGCAACCCUCAAGUUCGCGCCCCAUAAACAUGGGCCAACACGGAGGCACGAACAACCAAGGGAAUCGCAGUGCCACCGGAAAGGUAUUCGUCAUGAGUCGUACGCAAGCCGAACUCGUGAACGAGGACACCCUCAACGAAGAAAACAUGACCCCGGAAGACGAGGAUCACGCAAACCCACCAGAGGAGAACCAAGAGGACGAAUUCUGUUUAGGAUAA